UUUUCUGACAAGUAUCUGAUGGCUGUCUGACAUUUCGUUUUUGAUAAUUUCAUUGAAUUAUGUUCGUGAAGCACGUUAUUUAUUUGCAUCGAUGAAACAAUAGUUCAUAUAUGUUUUAUUAAAAUAAAGGACGCAAUCGUCAAUAAACAAAAUUUCGCAAUCCGGUAAAUAUAUGCACGAGAGAAUACGCUGUAACAUUUGGCAAAAUGAUCAAAACAGGAGAGGAUAACCUAAAACUUCAAUACCAGCAAACAGUGGAAUUCACUGGGCAAGAAAAUCAACAUUCAGUUGAAUUAUAUAGUACCAAUGUUGUUGUUAUUCCUUCGCCAGGAGGACAUAAUCAUGGUAGUUCGAAGGUGAAACUAAAAAAUAUUGUUGAUUUUACAUGGGAGCAUAACUUUUAUCCAGGACAAUUAUUAGCUGUUCAUAUGUCUGGAAAAUAUUUAGCUUAUGGUAUAAAAGUUGGUAAUGGAGGAGGUAUGGUUAGAGUUGUAUAUAAAGAAAUGGAACAAAGAGCUCUGUUAAGAGGAAUGCGUGCAGCAAUACAAGAUCUAGCUUUUGCACAUGUUUCAAAUGCAAUUUUGGCAUGUGUUGAUUAUUUGGGAAAUCUUUUUAUACAUAACAUCGAAUCAACACCAUCUGAAUUGUUAUGCAGUUUAUUGCUGCAAGUAGAUGCAGAAGAUAUAUCUCCUACCAGUCAUCGUGUGAUAUGGUGUCCGUAUAUUCCUGAAGAUGUACCAUCAGAUGGAGAUAAAGUUUCAAAACUUUUAGUUCUAACUCGUGGUUCCAAAGUAGAGUUGUGGUCAGUUAAUACUGUUUCAGCAAGAUUCAGAUCAAUAGAGGCAACUGAUCCAGCUGUAAAGGAAAAUGGAGGCAUGCUAGAAAUAGACCAACAUUCUGACACAAUCAUAGAAGCAACAUUCAGUCCAGAUGGUACAGCUUUAGCUACAGCUAGUUUCGAUGGAGAAGUCAAAUUCUUCCAAGUUUACUUACAUAGCAAUCCUCAUGGUAAUCAAGCACAACCUCGUUGUUUACAUCAAUGGAGACCACAUGGUGGACGACCUAUUUCCUGCUUGUUCUUCCUAGAUGAUCAUAAAACAUACCAUCCAGAAGUUCAAUUUUGGAGGUUUGCCAUAACUGGAUGUGACAAUAAUACAGAAUUAAAAGUUUGGUCUUGUGAAGUGUGGUCCUGUUUGCAAACCAUUAAAUUUGCACCAACACCUUCUACCGGUAAAUUACCGGUGUUGAAAGCCGGCUUAGAUCUUAGCGCAGGAUAUCUUUUAUUAUCAGAUAUAUACAACAAAGUUCUCUAUAUAUUAAGUCUUACAAAAGAUAAUGAUGAAGUAACAUCAGUAAAUUCAAUAUCAGAAUUCCUUCUCCCAUAUCCAAUAUUGAGUUUUGGAAUUGUUGACGCUGGUCUACGUAAAGUACGACCCACUGGCGAAUCACUGGAAGACUUAUGUCCUUGUGAAGAAGAUACCGAAGAGCAACUUGUUAUUAGGAUGUACUUAGUCCAACCAAAGUCAUUACAAGAAUGUCACAUUGCUUUUAAACCUGCCUCACAAGUGAGUGGUAACUGCCUCAUGGAUACACUGACUCAUGAUGCACUGGGCUACAAUGAAGACUUACCAGAUAUGGGAAAUGUUAAUCACAAUGGGAUUUCAGGGGAGAAUUGUGAAGAAAAUCGUUCCUUAUCUACUACAAUUGAAACAACAACAAAUCAUAAUACUAGUUUAAAUCUAAUGACACCUGAUGCAUUCAGUUCGCCUGCUAAAAAAGAAAAUAAUGAAUUAGAUUCUCGCCCUAGUAGUCCAGAAUUAGAUAAAGUCUUAUCUCCUAGUCCCUCGCUUGCACAAGCGGUACAGGCUCUAAAUGCAGAUCCACCAUUAGCCACAAGCGAGUUAGAAGAACAAGCACCUGCAAGUAGUAAUAGCAGCCCAUCCAGAGAAGUAAGAGAAAUUUUAUCCCUUUCAAAAGAUGAAGAAGCAGAAACUGAAAAUAAACCAGAAACUACCAAUACUGCUGAUGAAGAUUGGCGUAAUAUUCCGAUGGUAUUAUUAAAAGAUGUAAGCAGGCACGCAAUGCAAGAAGCUGAUGGAUUCACAAACGACGAAGAAAAAAGAAAAAAAUUAAAAGACGAAUCAAAAUCGACGACACAUACUAAAGGAAAUGCUGAAAAUACCUGGCAAACAGCAAAUGAAUUAAAUACUCUUGAGUUAAUAAAUAAAAUAGAGUCAAUUUUAGAAAUAAUUCAAGAUCAACGACAAGAAUUAAGAGAAUUACGUACUGAAGUGACUAGAUUAAGACAAGAGACACCAAUUUCCACGCGAAUAGACUCUGCUUUAACACGAGCUACUCAACAACAAACUGCAACUUUUGAACAAACGUUAUAUGGCCAAAUGGCUCGCCAACACGAAUUCCUUAAAACACUUGAAACAACAAUUAAAGAUAAAAUUGAAACUACUUUACCACGUAUUAUAGAAAACACAGUAGAACCGUUAAAGCAUCAACUUAGAUUAGAUUCUGCUCGAAUGGAUGAACUCUUAAAAAAGAAUUUAACAGAUUUAAUUAAUAGUAACCAUAUAAAAGAUACACUUACUACGGCAGCAAUGAAUGCAGCAAAACCAGCAUUAGACGCAGCAUUUAAAGAAGCUUUUACAAAUGUUCUUCUACCUGGCAUGGAGAAAGCAUGUCAAACAAUGUUUAGACAAGUACAAGAUGCUUUUGUUAGGGGUACUCAUGAAUAUCUUCAAAAUGUGGAUGCAAUUGCUGAUAAACAAUAUCAACAAAAAAAUGAACAACAAAGUGAAGCAUUAUCCGCAUUAGUUCGCAAAGAAUUACAAACCGAAAUAAAUAGAGGUUUAAUUAUUCUUCAAGGAGAAAUGACAUAUAUUCGUGAUUUUAUUAAAGAUCAUUUGAAUCAACAACUUUCUGAGAUAACAAAUGCGCGUUCACGAGCUACUACACCUGCUAUACCAGUAUCUGCAGUUGCCGAUGAUAAAGCGCGAGUUAUAUCUCUUCUUCAACGAGGACAAUUAAAUGCUGCCUUCCAACAAGCUCUUAGUGCUAGUGAUUUAGGAUUGGUAGUAUUAGUUUGUGAAAAAACAGAACCAUCCAGAGUAUUUUCUUCAGUAGGACCUCAAGGUCAAACUUCAAGAUGUAUUUUACAACAACCUGUAAUUCUUUCACUUGUACAGCAGUUAUCUGCAGAUUUAGGACAUCGUACAGAGCUCAAGCAUAGGUGGCUUGAAGAGGCAAUAUUAAAUUUAGAUCCUAAUGAUCCAGUGACACGAGAACAUAUGGGUACUGUGUUAAUGACUUUGCAAACUCAGUUGGCUACUUUUGUAGCAGCUAAUCCAAGUCACAGUUCUAUUCGGCGUAUGAAAAUGUUAGCUAUGGCUGCACGCGCACUUUUAAAUCAACAACCUUGAUGUUACAUACGUAUGGAGUAGAGAAAACCCAUUAACAUCAGGUUUUAUAUGUUUUGUUUAAAAAAUACCUUAAUCUGAAAGUAAUAUUCACAUUAUCUUCAUGUUAAGACUGGCAGUAAUUUACAUAGAAUAUGACAGAAUAUUGUAUAACGACUUAUCGUUAGCAGUUUACAUAAUUUGUCGCAACUUGCACCUAUAAUCUUUUUAAUUUACGAAGCAUAUACGUUUAUAAAAUAUUCGAGAAUUUACCAAAAAAUUAUUUUCUUGACCUUAAAUAAAUAUUAUAUAAAUGUAUUAUACAAUAUAACUAAAGUGAUAUAAAUGAGAUUGUCGUAAAAAUAAUGACACAAUACAUAAUAAAAACAACUUAAAUUAUAAAUU